AAAACCAAAAAAAAAAAAGAAAAAUGGGAUAUGCGGAGUUGGUGCAGUCGUAUUCAAACAAGAUGCGGGUUGUUGAAGCUCCAGCAAGUGGAGGCGGUCUCAGCGAGAAUGGAAAGUUUAGCUAUGGAUAUGCAAGCUCAGCUGGGAAGAGGUCAUCUAUGGAGGACUUCUUUGAGACUAGAAUCGAUGGUAUCGAUGGAGAAAUCGUUGGUCUCUUUGGAGUCUUUGAUGGCCAUGGUGGUGCCAGAGCAGCCGAGUAUCUGAAACGUCAUCUUUUUAGCAAUCUUAUCACUCAUCCUAAGUUCAUUUCUGACACCAAAUCUGCUAUAGCUGAUGCUUAUAAUCAUACAGACUCUGAACUUCUCGAGUCAGAGAAUAGUCACACUAGAGACGACGCUGGUUCAACUGCCUCAACAGCUAUUCUCGUUGGUGAUCGUUUACUUGUUGCAAACGUUGGUGAUUCCAGAGCUGUUAUCUGUAGAGCCGGAAACGCCUUUGCUGUGUCAAGAGACCAUAAGCCUGACCAAAGUGAUGAGCGUGAACGGAUUGAGAAUGCUGGUGGUUUUGUCAUGUGGGCAGGGACUUGGAGAGUUGGAGGAGUGCUUGCAGUUUCUCGUUCGUUUGGUGAUCGACUUCUGAAACAGUAUGUUAUUGCUGAUCCAGAGAUUCAGGAAGAGAAGAUUGAUGAUUCUCUUGAGUUUCUGAUCCUGGCCAGCGAUGGAUUAUGGGAUGUUUUCUCCAAUGAGGAAGCUGUUGCAGUGGUGAAAGAGGUUGAAGAACCAGAGGAGUCCACUAAGAAACUUGUGGGAGAAGCAAUAAAGAGAGGAAGUGCUGACAAUAUUACAUGUGUUGUUGUUCGUUUCCUAGAGAGCAAGACUGCUAACAUCAAAGGUUCCGACAUAUCCUCAACACAUUCCAGCUCAUCUCAGGAAGCAAAUCAAGGGGAAGCCGCAGUUAGAAAUGACUCAGACCACAAGAUGUCAACCAAACAAACCAAUCAAAACCAUAACGCAGCGCACUUGGACUGUAAUGCUGAGGUUGAAGCUAGAAGCGACGAUUCAGGUCGCAUCAGCUCGAACCAAAAGCCAGUUGAGAAUACAGCAGCAGGAAGCAGUGUUUCUUCAGAACAAAGUGGCUCAGCAGGAGAAAAUAAUCAACCUGGUCAAGGGGACAUCACAAUACACAACAGUUUGGACCGGACCUUUGCUAUUCAAAAGCCAACCGCAGCUCACUGUGACUCCACAACAAGCAAGGCAAGUGGCGUUCCCUCUUAUCAAUAACUAAAAUGUCAACACUAACUUCAGAAUGAUCUUUUUUUGAGAAAUGCAUGUCUCGAGAUUUUGCUCGACUAAAAUGUCACCACUGCCUUCAUGUACGUUUCUUUUCAUUCAUGUCGUUUCUUUUUCUCUUGUUUCCUGAGGUUCUAACUCCAAUAAUGUAAUUUGUAAUUUUUUUUUUAAUUGUUGAACUAGUCACUCUUAUUUUAGCAUGUGAUGUCUACACCUUACCUCUGUGAUUAUGAUAUAAUAACGU